CAGCUUCGGUGGAAGCAGAAGAAAACUGGGGUCUAGCCGGAGAAACAAAGGAAGAAGACAGAGAAAAGAAUCUACAGAGGAGGUUUUAGAAGAUACAAGAGGUGAUGAAACACAUUCAGUGAUAGUGCAGGAAGAAGUGAGGGAAGAUGAUGAACCUGGGGUUAUCAUUUCAUCUCCAAAUAACUCCCGUUUUCCCAUUUCUACACUUGAGCCACCCAUAUCAACAAAAUAUCAAAGUGACCUGCAGGGUUUACUUAUGGAAAGUGAAAAACUUCUGGAAAACCAAAAUGAAAGCAAGUCAGACACUGAAAAUACAUUGGGUGUUUCACAGGAAGCAGUAGAGGCUCUUAGCGACGACACAAUAGAUGCUGUUGCAGAGGAUGCUCCACCUGAGAUGGUUGGAGUUGAGGUUUAUCCAACAAAAGUGGAAAAAAGUCUGCAAGAACCUCAGCAAGUGGAUGGCACAGUUGAUGUUCAGGUGGAGGAAGGUGGAGUCUUUGUGGGGGACACUAAAACCAAUCCUGCUGAUCCCCAGGUUCAGGACAAUUCUCUGAGUGCAGAUCAGGAAACCGAUGCUGGUUUCAGCUUCGGUGGAAGCAGAAGAAAACUGGGGUCUAGCCGGAGAAACAAAGGAAGAAGACAGAGAAAAGGAUCUACAGAGGAGGUUUUAGAAGAUGAUGAAAUGUUUGAAAGUGCUGAUACCAGAAAUACUGUUUCAGAAAAUAUUGUGAAUGCUGCGCAUGAAGAUGUCAAUUCAACACAAAUUCAAGACAGUCUGCAAGCAUAUUCAUACAAAACCGUUUCAGGUGAUGCUACAGAAAAUUUUGAAAUUAUUUCCGGAACAACGACUGACCAAGCUGAAGCGUGUGAGCUCAAAAUUAUUAGUAUUGAAGAUAUUACAACAAAAGGAGAAGCAUCCUCUUCAAAAGAAAUCCAAUCAGAUGGCCUACGUCUGAAAAAUGAAGAAACCGUCCAGCAUGAUGCAAGACCCAACAUUAAUCAAGUAUUUCAUCACGACAAGGAAGGACCUUUCUGUGAAAUGGAGGGAAAUACAUUUGUUUUGCCAAACUUUCAAUCUGAAAAUAUCGUGUCACACUCCCAACCUCAGGAAUUGCCUGAAAGUGUUGUUGAACAGACUAAAGAGGAACCCCACAGCAGGAGAAAACUGGGGUCUAGUCGCCGAAAUAAAGGCAACAGUAAGGCAAAAGAUCCGACUGUUGAAACAUACAAUGAACUGAUGAAGGCUGUUGAAGAGAAUGCAAGUAGAAAUGAACCUUGUGAAAAAAGAACAGAGAUAAGAGCGCAAGACCAGGAACAAUCAAUGGAAAUUGUGCCUGAUGAAGUCGUGGCCAAUGACUCUCCUCAGACAGAAGAUGUAAAUGUUGGAAGUUCUGGCUGUGCCACUAUGGGCAUCCAGCCAUCAACCACUCUAGAUCAAGUGGUUAUUAACACAUCAAGCUGCGCACAGAUAACAGAUAGGGAACUUAACACACCCCACAGCAGAGAUGAAGAGGAAUACAGAGAGCUGUGCAUACAGCAUGAAAAUUCACAGGAAAGCCUUUUGUUGUCUGAACCACAUGCAUGUCCCCCCAUAACAGAAAUGCAUGCAGAAGAAAGUAGUAACAGUGAACAUGCAAACUCUGAAAGCAGGGAAGGAGAUGGUUUUAAGAAAGGUCUUGAACAGGAGACUGAGCCUGCACAGAACCCAGACAUGUUGCUAACAACCGAAAAGGAUGGAGGUGAUGCUGCAGGAAAUCCUAAGGCAUAUUCCAAAAACCUGUUCAACCAAGCAGGAAAGAAGUCAACAGAAGAAGACACUGAGAUGUUGCAGCCAGAUAAAAAUGUACACAGAAAAGAUCUUUUCGCACCACCAGAAAGAACCACAGAAAAAAGCAGCGACGUGUACCAAGCUCAAGUUGAAUACAGUGUUGAGCAAUGUUCUGUUUCUUCACCACAUGAGAUGUGCUCUGCUGAUGGGGAAGAAAAUAGUCACAUCAUCUUCCAGUCAGAUAAAGAUGCUACUUUGGACUCUCAACAUCAGGACACUUGUCAAAGCCUCAAAGACGAUGCUCACUCAGGCCUCAAAGCAUCAGGGAGCAGGAGGAAACUGGGGUCAAGUCGGAGAAAUAAAGGAAGAAAACACGACCAGGUUACUGAACAAAACCAAGAAAGUAAAGUGGAAGCUUCAGAAAAUACAGGAGAUGAUGAUGCAACAGAAAUGUUAGCAGCAAAGCCAGCAGUACAGGAAGAAUUAGAAAACCUAACUCUGCCUGAAAACGUUGCAACAUUUAGAUCAGAUGUGAGUGAAAAGCUGCUGCUGGAAAACACGGUUUCUUCACACGAUAUUUUGGAGGAUAGCACAAUUGCAACGUCAGAUUUGAAUCUAAUCUCAAAGCAAGAGAACUCAGUAAAAUCCAACGCAGAAACAAAAGAAAAAGAUGCUAACCUCAUCGAUGAGACUGAGGAUUCAAUUCAGCUUACAGGACAUGACACAGACAUUAAGGGUUUGAUGCAAUCAGACCAAGCCACUGUUUGGAGAGGUGACUCAGAUAUGCAGAGCGACUUAUUUCAUGAUGGCAUUAUCAGUCCGGGGCCAGAAAGUGUGCAUGUCACUGAUCAAGAAGAAGGCUUACAGAGACAAAACAGAGAAACUUUAUCUGGUGAAAAAGACCCACCGGGAGCAGAAGUCCAGCUGCGACAGACAAACAAAGAUAGAGAAACGAUUGGAUUUGUAACGACAGAAGACUGCAGUUCAGAGGUGGAAAGUUCAAUGGAUGUCCGCAAUCUUAAACAGGAAGAAGAGGGAGAACAAUGUAUGUUUGCAACAGCUCAACAGAAGGAAAAUUCAAAUGAGUUCGUUUCUGCUUCGCAGGAGCCAGCGAUGGAUGCAUUUCACAAAGGAGGGAUUUCCUACAACAGUAAACACACCGGAGAGCCAACGCGAAAAACCUCAAGUGACAUCGAAACAGAAGAAGAGAAAGAUCGGAUCUUCUCGCAGGACUCCAAUGAGCAGAAAACGAGAGGGUGAGACCAACGUGAGCGAUGAUACAGAAGAAAGUGACUUCGGCGCAAAAGCUGACACGAUGAAUGUGGGCGAGAAGGACGUCGUGGGGGAAGUACCGGUAAAUGUAGAGGCAAUACAAGGUGAAGACGUGCAACCACAGCAAGCAACUUCAACGCAGCAAAGAACUCCAGAAACCAAAACCAGUGAUGGACUAACACGCAGUAACAUGAGCAUGGAUUUCCCUCCCGAACAAUCUGCCACCAUCGAUCGUAUUAAAGAAACACAGAGACCAGAGGAUUUUACAGGCACAGAGACCCAGAUAAGCUCUGAGAUAGCAGAAAGAAACGGUAACCUAUUAAAUCAGCCAAUGUCUUCAAAUACUGACACCCCAGGAGUGAGCUUGGAGUUUUCCCGUGACCUCCCACAGAAAACACAAGGGGACAAGCACAGUCCAGAGAAUAUAGAGGUCAGACAAGUCCAAGAUGUUCAGGAACAAAUGCCAAGUAGCAUGACUGAAGGCAUUCCCAGUCAAAAUCCUGAUAUAAGGAACACAAGUCAGAAUUUAACUCCGACCAACAGGAGAAGAAAAAUGGGCUCUACUCGUAAAAAUCUGGCAACGCGAACCGAACAGGAAAUACUGGAGGCGGAAAUCGAAUCAACGGAUACUGUAACAUCUUCUGGAGAUGGAACUGUGGCCAGUGUCUUAGAAGAGAAAGAAACAGAGCUGCAGCUUCCCGCAGAACACACAGAUGACAGCUCCCGUCAAGGAAAAGAGAAAGAAACCGUGGAAAUCAGCCCAUUUGGCGAGUCUCUAUUGAGAGCUCUGGCCGAGGAAGCGGCUGAAGAAGGUCCAGUCUCCCAAAAGCUAAUGGUAGAAGCGGAACGUGAGCAGAGUCCAGCGGGGCUGUCAUCCAGCCCAACCACGUCAGAAUUAGCUUCAGGAGGGAAGAGGAAAAAAUUCGGAUCAAAUCGGAAGUCAGGGCUACAACAAAGAAAAGCACAGCAAGACACACAGCCUGAAGAUGAAGCCGGAGGAAGCACAGAUGGACAGGCGGCUCAAGGCGAAGGAUCACCAGGGCUGCACAAAAUAUCAGAGGUUGAUGAAAAUGAGGUGAAAGCACCUUCCAGCGCCAGUACCUUAAAGGCCGCAGAGUUUUCAAAGCCUGGGAGGGGCGGGACACCAGAGAAGUCUCUCCAUGAUAACAUCCGUUUGGAUCAAGAGAGUGGGAGUCAGCUUUCUUUUGGUACUAGUAGUGGCACAGGUAACUCAGACUGUUACAAUGUGGUGAUGAUUGGAGAGAGCUGCGUUGGAAAGACCUCCUUCAUGAAAAGAGCUCAGAGCGGGAAGUUUUCUUUAGAUUUGCCUGCGUCUGUUGGCCUUGAUUCCUGCAAGUGGACUGUUGUAGUAGAUGGAAAACCUGUGCUUCUACAGUUAUGGGAUACAGCUGGCCAAGAAAGGUUUCACAGCAUCACCAGACAAGUUUUCCACAAAGCCCAGGCUUUUCUCUUGAUGUACGACAUCACUUGCUCUCAGAGUUUUUCAGCAGUCAGCUACUGGGCAAACUCCAUCCAGGAAGCUGCACCCGAAGACGUGACUGUUUUACUCCUUGGAAACAAAAGCGAUAACGCGAAGCGACAAGUUAAAACAGAACAGGGCGACGUCCUUGCUAAGGAAUAUAACUUUGAGUUCAUGGAGUGCAGUGCUGCCACAGGCGAAAAUGUGAUUGAGGCUUUAGAAACUGUGGCCAGGAUGCUGAGUCAGAGAGCCGACCUGCUGAGAGAGGAAGUCACAGUGUUACACAGAGAGCCAGGACAGAGAAACAGAUCAAAAUGUUGCUGAACAGAUGCCUUUGUUUCACAAACAAGGCACGAGGUGACAUCCUGCGAGUGCAGGAGUUAAUUUCCUGACUGGACAAAGUGUAUAUAAAGUUUCUCUUUCAUUUUUCCUUAUUCUAAUUACUUGUUUAGUCUAGAAUGGGAAUUUUAUGGUGCAACAGAACCAAAAAAAAAAAGGUAAUGGGUUUCAAAUGUGUUGAUUUUUAUGUAUUCUUUACAAGUCAGCUGUAUUGUGCUACAUGGGAUUAUAGAUUUAUUUAAAUAACCAUCUCUAGUGUAAAUAGUUUGUCUUGGGGAAAAUGUUUAGUUUACUAAGUCUUCAUCUGCAUUUAUAUUGAGGUACUCCAAUAUUUUCUGUUGAGAAGUUUCCUUUUGCACAAAGUGGAUCUCCAGAGGUCCAUGUUUUAUUGUAUAAAUAUUUUUUAUAUGAGAUAUUUACUCUGGUCAGGGUUCUGUUGCAUGUGGAGGGAAAAAACACUUUUUCUUCUAGCUGUUCUCAUGAAGUCUGUUCUGAAUUGUUAAAAUAAUAUUUGCAGAGGUCCCAGCUGCCAGGUUGCUUAGAUAAUCGAUUCAUUCCAUUCCCCCUUAUGAUUAAAAGCAGUGGUCAUAAAAAAGAUA